AAGUAAAUUUAUACACGCAGACAUUGCGCUGGUGUGGUUACAGAACGUUGGAUUUGUUAUCAUUCCAAAAGUUAAGUUGACUCGUAGUGGACGUGUGAUCUGACUGAGGUGUAAAAUUUGUCUUGUGACAACUGAAAAUUUUGUUUUUGGAUUUUGUUACAAACCUGAUUGCUCAACAAUGUCGGGUAAAGACAGGAUUGCCAUUUUCCCAUCCAGAGGUGCGAUGAAGAGUAUGAAGGAUCGUUUGGCUGGCGCUGUCAAGGGUCACGGACUACUCAAGAGAAAAGCUGAAGCCUUAAAGAUACGAUUCCGAGUGAUUUUGUUGAAAAUAAUUGAGACGAAAACGGAAAUGGGCGAAAGUUUAAGGGCGGCAUCGUUCUCAGUGGCUGAAGCCAGAUUUUCGAACGGUGACUUCAGCCAAGACGUUCUGCAGAAUGUGACCAGAGCUCAAAUCAAAACCCGAUCCAAGAAAGACAAUAUUGCCGGUAUCAUCUUACCGGUUCUGGAAUCGUACGUUGACGGAGGUGAUGCGUACGGAUUAACUGGUAUUGCUAAAGGUGGCCAACAGAUUGCAAAGUUGAAGAAAAAUCAUCAAACUGCGAUUAAACUGCUGGUGGAACUGGCUGCCCUGCAGGCGUCGUUCAUCAUUCUGGAUGAAGCUAUUAAGGUUACCAAUCGACGAGUGAAUGCAAUUGAGCAUGUUAUUAUACCACGAAUCGAAAGAACGUUGGCGUACAUCAUUUCGGAACUGGACGAAAUUGAACGCGAAGAAUUUUUCCGAAUGAAAAAAGUUCAGAAUAAAAAGAAAAUUGCCAGAGCUAAGAAGGAAGCUGAACUUAAAGCGAAGGGCGUAGAUUUCGGUAAGGUAAACAACGAGGAAGACAACCUAUUCGAUGAAGGCGAUGACGAUCUACUGUUUUGAGUAUUGAUUUUUCGAUUCCGGGGUUACAAUGCUGCUAAAAUUGGCACACCUCAUCGUAGUUAUUGAGAAGUUACUGCAUCGAAGGAAAAUAAAUUUAAACUGAAAAGAGCAGAUGAACCCUUCUGGUGAGUACACAGUUCGUGAAAAAUGUUUGGGAAAAGUCUGAAAAUCACAAUCACCACACAAAAUAUCAUUUUUCAAGCAUUUCUCAGAGGUCUGGUAAACGCUUAAAAAAUCACAUUUUGCGUGGCUAUUUUCGUUUUUCUAGACUUUUUCCAGACAUUUUUCACGAACUGUGUACUCACUCCAUCGUUUGCAUUAAGAUGAUUUUGGAUUUUAAGUGUUCCAAAUAAAUGUUUUUAGUU